AUAUAUAACAUUUUGGCUAAGAGAGCGAGAGAGCAACAAAUAGCCACCAAACAACGAGCAUGUAACACACGGGACCUGGCGGCCCAGUCUCCCCGUGUUCGUGCUGCACUCUGCUAUCCGUUUAUCCGUUCGCUCGCGUGUGUUAGACAUUUAUCAUCCGUGAAGGCAGGAUACAAGAUCAGCCGUGAUCAUGGACCCGGAAGCAUUUUUGGAUGUGGCCAAUCAGGUCAUCAAGCUGAAAAUGUUUCCGUUUUUCGAUAUUGCUCACAGUUUACUUGCCGCGCUGGCCGUGCGCGAGGACUUGGGCGCCAAUGCACAGGCCUUCUCCCGUAAGCAUCCAUUGGCCUGUUGGCUAUCGACCAUGCUGGUCAUCUUUGCCGGCGGCAUGGUGGCCAAUGGCCUGCUCGGUGAACCCAUCUUGGCACCAUUGAAAAAUACCGGCCAACUUUUGGUGGGCACAGCCGUGUGGUACGUUGUGUUCUAUACGCCAUUCGAUAUUGGUUACAAGGUGGCCAAAUUCCUGCCCGUUAAAAUUGUGGCCAGUGCCAUGAAGGAGAUAUAUAGGGCAAAAAAGGUCUACGACGGUGUGGGACAUGCGGCCAAGCUGUAUCCGAACGCCUGGAUAAUCAUGAUCAUCAUUGGCACACUGAAGGGCAAUGGCGCUGGAUUUACAAAGCUGAUUGAACGCCUCAUUCGUGGCGCAUGGACACCAACGGCCAUGGAAUUCAUGCAGCCAAGCUUCUACACCAAAGCUUCGCUGCUGGCCUCGAUCAUCUUUGUGUUGGACAAAAAGACGGACUGGAUCUCAGCACCGCAUGCACUGGUGUACUUUGGCAUUGUUAUAUUCUUGGUCUACUUUAAGCUCUCGUCUAUUUUGCUGGGCAUACAUGAUCCCUUCCUGCCACUGGAGAAUCUGGGCUGUGCCAUCUUCUUUGGCGGCAUUUGGGAUAGCUUGGCCAAGAUCUUGGGCCGCGGCCAGGCCAAGGAUGGCGACAGUAAAGAUGUUAAGAAGAACAACUAAAACAUUAUUUUGUAGUUAGACCAAAACACGUAAUCAAUCAUCGCUGCCAAACCAAACGCACAGACAUUUUAGCAUAGACCACCCCACAUCCUAUACAUCGAUCGAUUUCGAGAGCCAAA